AUGUAUCACACUUUUGUAGACGAUUUUGAUCAAUCGACAAACCUGCCGGAAUUUGUGAGUUUUUGAAAAAAUCGUUUUGAAGAGUUAUUUAAAAUAGUUCAACCCAAUUUUUUCUGGAACCAAUCGAAAUUGGCCCCAAAAAAACCUAAACUAGAUAUGUCAAGGUGUUCUCGAAUUCCAGACCAAUUAUUCAAAUUUCCACUAUCCCUUAACUUUUGCUUUUACCUUAAACGUAACGCGUUAUUCAGAACCUUGAAUCGUCUUCUAUUUCAACUUCCAAACAACAAUGUCAAGUUUGCACACUGGAAGCUCACGGAAUGCAUUUUGGAGUCAUGGCGUGUCGACCAUGCGCCGCAUUUUUUCGUAGAAUUGUUGUACUAGGUCUACAAUAUACGUGUAUUCAAAAUAGUUCAAAAUGUAAUGUGACUGGAAGAGGCCGAAAUGUUUGCAGAGAUUGUCGAUAUAAAAAAUGCCUUGCUGUUGGAAUGACAACUGAUAGUGAGUUCCAAAUGAAUUUAGUUGAACAGAGAAGAUUUUACAUGAUAUUAACAUUGAUCUUCUAUAAAAGGUCAUUCCACCUCCCUCCAAGUUUUAAAACCAAUAUAUUUUUCCCACGAUUUUUGGUCGGGUCUCAAACAUCGUGAUAACAUCAAGUGAAAAAAUACUGGGAAAAAUUCAAAAUUUAAUUUUAAAAAAAAAUCAAUUUCAGACCAAACUUUCGAUUAAAAAAAAUACAUUUCUAGAUUUCUGAAAUUGAAAAAAAGUUGACAUAGUUAUUCUUCAAAAUGGAGAAAUGUAAUUCUUAUUUGAAUAUUUCUAAAAAUUUUCACGCUAGAUUCUCAAAAUCCCCUGUUAAUUUUUGAAAAAUAUUUUUAGAACUUUUCUUUUUUUUAUUUUCAAAUAAAAUAUAAUAAGCCAAAAGCACUCUACUAUAUAAAUAGGUAAAUAACAAGGUUACACCUUCUCCCUUUUCAAUUUUUAAUUAACCCACAAUUAUAUUCUAUAAAUCUCCCAAACGUGGGAGUUUGAAAAUUGGCACCUGUCCUCCUUGUUUUUACCAAAGAUCUCUGAACAUAUUUUCAGAUGUUCAAUAUAAUCGAGAUUGUGCGAAAAAAAUUAAAAAAGAGAAAAAAACCAGAAAAAUUGUUGGAAAAAUGGAAGCAAGAAGUUCGCAAAGCUAUUAUAGUGAUGAGAAUCCACAAUCUGAAGAUUCAACAUCAGCGGCUGAAGAUUAUCCAAGUCGAGAAUUGAAUGAUGAACAAAUUGAUGAGAUUAUUCAAGAUAUUCGAAAUCUAUUCAUCGAAUAUAUUCCACCAAAAUUAGAAUAUAUAAGUGCUAGAAAUCAAUUGGAAAGAAUGACAAAUGCUUUGUUAUUCUACAGACAAAACCAAAGACCAGCUGAACAUUUGACUGUAAUUUUUUAACUUUUUUGUUCAAAAAACAAUUUUGUUUUUUUUUUCAGUUUGUUGAAAAGAUCAAUUUCUCUACUGAUUCUGAAUUGUAUUAUACAAAAAGAUGUCAAAAAUUCUCAAAAUGGGCAAGAUGUAUCGAUUUCUUCGAUCAGAUCCCUGAAGAAGAUAAAUUAUGGAUUGUUAAAGGAUCUUUCACAAUUUUCAACAGUUUGGAAAGAUGUCAAAUGACUAGUAGAGUAUUUGGCGAAUCGAUUUUGACAGAGCAAAAGUAUAUUUUCUCAAGUUAUUGUGCUUGCAACAUGGAAACGGUGAUUAUUGAAACAGCGACAGCUGCACAAACUGAACAAGCUGAUAAUUAUAUUAGAACGUGAGUUUUGCAAAAAAAAAAAUUAUGUUGAAAUAAGUUUUUUUGCAGAGCAUUUUACGAGCACGUCAAGGCGAAUUUUGAUGAGAUUAUAAGACCAUUAUUUGGUUUAGCAUUAUCCGAUGUGGAAACUGCAUUUAUGUUAUCUCAAUGUAUAAUGUAUAAUAGUGAGUGCAGAUGAGAAAAAUAACAUUAAAAAAUGUUCUUUGCUUUUUUUCUGAAGAGAGUGUUUUAAAAAAAUUUUCUUCAGUAGAAAAACUGCCAGUACAUCUCAACAGAAAAUUCGAAGAUUUGCGAGAAUCUGUAUCAAAUAAUCUGCAUGAUUAUUACAAUGAGCAUAAAAUAGUGAAUUAUGCGGAUCGUAUGACCAGAAUUAUGAAUAUUGUGAGAUCCAUAAAGCGGAUAUAUAUGGAACGACAACGAAAAAUUGAUAUGAUUCGACUUUUUGAUAUCUACAAAGUCUCGGAUAAAAAACAUGAUCUUUAUUGCACUUAA